AUGAAGACACCAGAGGUUCCUGAAAUGUUUGCUGUUCAUUCUGCUCUCCCCAGGAUUUCGAAGUGGUCCGUUAAUGUUGUUUUGUUAGCUGUGGUAGUUGGACUGUACCUCAUACCCUCACCCAUUGACCCGGAGCCAUUUGUGUUUGAGGGGCCACCCCCUGCUCUCGAGGGUCCUUUAACCGUGAAUACCAGGCUACAGAGAGGUCGGAGGCUAUUCACUGGCCAGCUUAAAGGUCCAGAGUCCUUCACUGCAGAUCAGGAUGGAAAUAUUUACACAGGCACAGUAGAUGGGAAGCUGUGGAGAAUCACCAAGGACACCCUUACUUUCAUCACACAGAUGGGGCAGAACAUUCCAGAAUGUGGCACCAGCAUGGAUUAUGAGCCCAUCUGCGGACGCCCACACGGACUCCGUCUAGACCAGGAUGGACAGUUGAUCGUAGCAGAUUCGUACCUUGGCCUGUUUAAAGUCAACCCGUUGACCGGAGAGAAGACACUACUGCUGUCCAACAAAGAAGGUGCUAAUGGAAUCCCAUUUGGCUUUCUGAACGGGUUGGAGAUUUCCAAAAACAGGACUGUGUUUUUUACUGACUCUAGCAGCCGAUGGGGCAGGAGACAUGUCCGUUAUGAGGUGAUAGAAACAAACCACCUGGGUCGUCUGUUGUCGUAUGACCCAGAGAGUGGGCGGGUUCAGACUCUACUGGACUCUCUCUACAUGCCCAAUGGCAUCGUUCUGUCACCUGAUGAAGAUUUUCUCAUGAUGUCAGAGACUAGCAUUGGCCGGAUCCUCAGGUUUUGGCUGAAGGGGCCCAAAGCUGGCACCAAAGAGGUUCUCCUUAACAAUAUGAUUGGUUACCCUGACAACAUUCGGCUCAGUGAACGUGGGACUUUCCUUGUGGGAAUCACCACCAUUCGAUUCCGUGGUCGUCUUCUCCCGCCAUUCCUGGACUUGAUAGGACCAUAUCCUGCAGUCAAGCGCUUCCUGACCAAGAUCAUUCCACUCAGCUGGUAUAAUGUUCUGCUACCUAAGUAUGGGUUGGUUCUGGAGUUGGGGAUGGAUGGAGAGAUUCUGGACAGUUUGCACGACCCAGACGGCACCCUGACCUGGGCCAUCAGUGACGUGUUUCAGCAGGGAGAGCAGUAUUACCUGGGCAGCACUGACCUGCCCUUCCUGCCUGUGCUGGAACAGUGGAGUUAG